GAGAUGGAGAGGGAAAUGGGCACAGACACUCUAGUACCGGAGAAAGAGACAAGGACAUACCGGUAGUCAGAGAAACUUAAGAGAUCAGAAAGAAAUGGAGAGAAAGACAGUGACAGAUCUGAGAGAGACAGAGACCCAGAGAAAGACUGGGACGGAGGCCGAGAGAAAGACUGGGACGGAGGCCGAGAGAGAGACUGGGACGGAGGCCGAGACAGGGACAGAUCUGAGAGGGACUGGCACCGACACUCUGGUACCAGAGACAAGGACAGAGGGAAGGAAGAGGAUAUAGUCAGAUAAAUUGAGAGAGAUGGGCACAGACACUCUAGUACUAGAGACCAGGACAGAGAGGGAGACGAGGACAGAGUCAGAAAAGGGGACAGUCCUGCGAGAGAGAAAUACGGGCGAAGAUGCUCUCGUACCAGAGAAGGGCCGAGUCAGAGAAAGGGACAGAUCUGAGAGAAACCGAAAGGGAGACGGGCACGGACACUCUAGUACCAGAGAGAGAGAGACAAGGACAUACCAGUAUUGAGAAACUAAGAGAUCAGAAAGGAAUAGAGAUAAAGACCCAGAGAAAGACUGAGACGGAGGCCGAGAGAGAGACCGGGACAGAUCUAGGAGAGACGGGCCGAUACAGAACUGAGCGACACGGGGACAGAGACCCAGAGAAAGACUGGGACGGAGGCCAAGAGAGAGACCGGGACAGAUCUAGGAGAAACGGGCCGAUACAGAUCUGAGAGACACGGGGACAGAGACCCAGAGAAAGACUGGGACGGAGACCGGGACAGAUCUGAGAGACACGGGGACAGAGACCCAGAGAAAGACUGGGACGGAGACCGGGACAGAUCUGAGAGACACGGGGACAGAGACCCAGAGAAAGGCAGGGACGGAGGCCGAGGGGGAGACCGGGACAGAUACAGAUCUGAGACAGAAACCGAGCGAUAGACAAGGAAGUAGACAGGUGGUUGCAAAGGACCAGAGACAAACAGACAGCGACUGCCACACUAUUACUAAAGACUGGGACAUAGAGAGAUCUGAGAGGUUUAGGCAUGGGGAUGAGUCCAUUGACAGCUCAAUUAAGCUCUACUCAUACUCCAUUUACCCUGUAUACCCUGUUUCUCAUCCUCCUCGUGCAUCUAUAAUGGCAACAAACUCCCCCACCCAGUACUCUCAGUUUAUGGCAUACCACGGCAGCCCCUACACCAUUGCCUUCCCUCCAGUGUGGGGUUAUCCCCCUGAUACCACGCUUCCUGGUAUUAUGUCCCCUGGUACCAUGCUUCCUGGAAUCAUGCCCGCUGGUGCCAUGCUGCCUGGUAACAAGCCCCUCCUACCUAACCCCCCCUGGGGAUCCACCCUACCCCAGCGCCCCCCCCAUAUUACUCUAAUGGCACCACAUCCUUAAACCAGACAUACGCAUCUACCCAGCCUGCUAGCAAUAGCAACCUCCAGCUCACAUCUACCCAGCCUGCUACUAGCAACCUCCAGCUCACAUCUACCCAGCCUGCUACUAGCAACCUCCAGCUCACAUCUACCCAGCCUGCUACUAGCAACCUCCAGCUCACAUCUACCCAGGCUGCUACUAGCAACCUCCAGCUCACAUCUACCCAGCCUGCUACUAGCAACCUCCAGCUCACAUCUACCCAGGCUGCUACUAGCAACCUCCAGCUCACAUCUACCCAGCCUGCUACUAGCAACCUCCAGCUCACAUCUACCCAGCCUGCUACUAGCAACCUCCAGCUCACAUCUACCCAGGCUGCUACUAGCAACCUCCAGCUCACAUCUACCCAGCUUGCUACUAGCAACCUCCAGCUCACAUCUACCCAGCCUGCUACUAGCAACCUCCAGCUCACAUCUACCCAGCCUGCUACUAGCAACCUCCAGCUCACAUCUACCCAGCCUGCUACUAGCAACCUCCAGCCCUCAUCUACCCAGGCUGCUACUAGCAACCUCCAGCUCUCAUCUACCCAGCCUGCUACUAGCAACCUCCAGCUCACAUCUACCCAGCCUGCCAGCACUCCAGCAGUCUUAAGUUAGAGAUACACAUACACCCAGCCUGCUAGCAACCUCCAGCUCACAUACACCCAGCACGCUAGCAACCACAAGGAAAAGUCACAGAAGCAUGCAGAAGCCGUAGUGAAAGUGUCCUGUCAGAUGGCGACAAAGAAGUCCCCCGCGGUAUUGACAACUCGGAUAGCGACAAAGAAGUCCCCCUCUGAACCAGGGUCCAAGAAGAAAGCAAAGGGGAGAAACAAUAUAUUCUUCACAGGUAUAUUCAUGAAGAGUUAUCAGUCAUCUAAGGAAGUUUCACUAUAAUAUGAAAUGGCUUGAGAAGAGGAGGAAUAAGGCUCACCAGCGCAAAAGAAAGCGUUUGCUUGCAGCAGGGAAAGUGGCCCCUCACUUCCCCUUUGAACCGGAGCCCAAGAAAGACCAAGAAGGAGAAGCAAUGAUAGAUGGGGAUAAACUACAUGCUGACACUGCUAAAGAAGUGGUCCCUCAGGAAGCUGCAAAGAAUUUGGAGACACCAUCUGAAACAGGGCCUAAGAAAGAACCAGAAGGCGAGAAACCACAUGCUGACGCUGCAGAGAAAGUGGCUCCUCAGGUGACUGCAAUGGACUCUGCGGCCCCCUCUGAAAUGGGCCCCAAGAAAAAAAAAUUGUAUCCAGGUAUCUUCAUGAGGAUUCGAAUCGGAUUUCUAAAGAGGCAUCAGUACAAGAUGAAAGGGAAUAGGAAGCAUCUUGCAAAGAGGAGGAAAAAGGCUUUCCAGUACAAAGGGAAGAGACCCCUAGUAGACUCUAAGGAGAAAGUGCCUCCUCUAGAUGCUGCAAAGGACUCUGGGGAGCCCUCUGAGCCAAAGCCCAAGAAAAAGAAAAAUAAGAAAACACUAGAGGAAAAAGGAGAGAGGUUCCGUGUACCCUUAUGAAUAUAUUUGACAAGGGGGAAACUGUCAAAGGCAAAAGCAGAUACUGAGGCCAAUGAACCAGCACCCAAGAUGGAAGGGGAGGGAGGAAUGACAGAAGGGAAGGAACUGCUUGCAGACACAAUAGAGAAAGUAGUUCCUCAGGUGGCUACAAAUGACUCUUAGCUUCCCUCUGAACCAGGGCCCAACAAAGAACCAGAAAGAGAGGAAGAAACUACGUUAGAAGAGGAGAAACUGCUUGCAGAUCAUAUGGAGAAAAGUGUCUGCAAAGGGCCCUCUUGGAACCAAAGGCUGAGAAAGGCCGAGAAAGAGAGGACAACGCAAUUAAAGAUGGCGAGAAACUGCUAGCAGACCUUGUGGAGAAAGCGGCUAUAAUGGGCCCUGGCUUCCUCUCUGAACCAGGCUGAGAAAGAGACAAGGGAAGAAACAACAAGUUCUCCCUUGGUUAUCUGAAAUACCCAUGUUUUCACUAAGAUGAGGUUAUGUUGACCUUUUAUCUACCUAUGACUUGGCGUUCACCAUGCAACCACAUUUUGUUGUUGUUAUGGCAAAGCCUUUUAAUGACAUUGAAUUUCUUAAAUGUUCCUCAACUUGAAGAGUUCAACCUGAAGAUGGGCACGCCUAACAUAGCCUCAAAGGAUGGCUAGCUGGUAUCUUCACUUGGCAUCAUGAGCUCGUCUCCCACUAGAAUAGAACCUGCUGCUGACCCAUCCAGACCCUAUGGACAUCAGUUGGCUUACAUUCUUACCUAUCAACCAUUUAUAGAUUUGUAAUGACACUAACAAAGGAUUUUUUUUAAAGUUGAGCCUUGUCCUUAUGCUUCAUAUUGAAGUUAUUUUCAGUGUAAUUUAUUAGUAUUGUGUGUAUGUGGUAGGGCCUAGGCCAUUCAUAUAUGCUAAGUACCUUUAGCGUCUAUUGACGAUAGUGUCUUCUGGCCGGGGGCACCGACAAGAGCACCGACACUUGCACGAAAUGUUAACAUGCAUCGUUUGUGGUAAGAUUUUGGAGACAUAAGGAACUAUCUUUCAUAUCAGUAGAGAGGGAAAACAUGUUUAUUGGGUUAGGCUUCUCACACGGCCAUAUUUCCAUGUUACAGUGCUUGUUGACGGAAAACGGACGGAAGACCGUUGACUACCUGUGCUAAUUAGCGAUCUGCAUCUCCAAAACCCUGUGUGUAAACGGAAGAUGGACGCCACAAACUCAUCACUGAAAAAUACUGUCGGCUGCAACUGUUAACACCGGUUUUAUAAACUGGGUGGUUUGAGGCCUGAAUUCUGAUUGGCUGAAAGCCAUGGUUUAUCAGACCGUACACCACGGGUGUGACUAAACAUUUCGUUUUACGGCUCUAAUUACGUUGGUAACCAGUUUAUAAUAGCAAUAAGGCUCCUCUGGGGUUUGUGAUUAUGGUCAAUAUACCACUGCUAAGGGCUGUGUCCAGGCGCUCUGUGUUGCGUCGUGCCGUGGUAUAUUGCCCAUAUACCACUCUUCCUCUGGCCUUAUUGCUUAUAUAACACUAGAGUAAAUGUAUAUUUUGCAUAUGAAAGUAGAUGGCUUUAUGUUUCUAGAACCGUACCUCAAUUUAGAUGGGGUAUUUGGCUGCCAGAGACAAUUUGCCUGUUAUAAACCAAAUAAGGGUGUGGAGUUUACUUGGUCUGGUCAUGUGGUCAGAAAAAUCUCCUGGCCCUAGACAUAGUACAUGUCUAUCAAUGCGAUGAAAAGACUAAUGACGGCAUUAUGUUUGUACGUUCUCAUGCCUGAUAGCUAAAAGUAAGAACUGCCCUUGUUUCAUUCCCCAGUUCAGUCAGCCUUCCUAUUUCUAUAGAUCAUCUUUCACUUUGUAAAUAUGUAAUUGAAUAAAAUAUUCUGUCUAAUAUUGUAAGUGUGUAGUGUAUCAUAUUUCAAAUUAACUUCAACCCAUUGAGCUUCACAUUCCUUUUCAGGGACAACUUCCAUUGGUUUUGUAUUAGAAAAUCCCAUGCACUUUCGCAUUCUGCCCUAUUGGUGGCAGUAUUGAAUUUUUUAUCCUAUGAAGCUGAAAUAAUUUAACUCGAAGUAGUUUAUUGUUUGAUCAGUUGCCGUUCUAACAAUUGAACGAUAUACAAUAGUAUUUCCAAGUCAAGGCACUUCGAUUUUUCAGACUCUGAUUGUGUACGUGCAAGUUAUCGGAACCCUCAAGAUCCAGAACGAGACGGCGAACAAAGGCCUGCGCAGGCCUGCGCGAAGUGAACCUGGAGUAUCAGCCUAGCUCAGGCACCUUGGCAGAAUGUACCCCAUGGAUCCAGAGAGGCACAGUCACCAGAGGGAGUAUGGAGAACCAGAGACAUGCAGUCACCAGAGGGAGUAUGGCGCACCAGAAACAUGCAGUCAGCGGAGGGAGUAUGAAGAACCAGAGACAUGCAGUCAGCGGAGGGAGUAUAGGGAACCAGAGACAUGCAGUCAGCAGAGGGAGUAUGAAGAACCAGAGACAUGCAGUCAGAGGAGGGAGUAUGAAGAACCAGAGAGAUGCAGUCAGCGGAGGGAGUAUGAAGAACCAGAGAGGUACAGUCAGCGGAGGGAGUAUGGAGAACCAGAGACAUGCAGUCAGUGGAGGGAGUAUGAAGAACCAGAGAGAUGCAGUCAGCAGAGGGAGUAUAGGGAACCAGAGACAUGCAGUAAGUGGAGGGAGUAUGGAGAACCAGAAAGAUGCAGUCAGCGGAGGGAGUACAGAGAACCGAGCUCAGGGCAAUGGGGCGAUGGCCUUGAGACGAGAGACAACGGCCAGGCUAUGGCCAGAGAGCCCUACAGUGAAUACUCCAGCAUGGGGAGGACUAGAGAAGGUUGGGAGGAGUAUGGUUCUUCCUCUGAUAUGAGCUUCAUCAUGGACCCAUCGUCCAGAGACUGGAGCGAAGAUUCAUUGAGGGGUAGCGGUGCUCCCUUCUCCCCAGACACAGAUGGGGACGUUGAUGGAGAUCCUCUGGAGCUCAGUGUGGAGGACCUGGAGCUCCUUCGUAAGAGGAUGGAGCUAGAGAUCAUAGAGGAACAGAUUGCCCGCAAAAAAGCUGUUCUUGCUAUGGAAUUGGUUGGACCUGAAUCAAAGGCCAUCCGUAAACAGAAGACGAAGGACAAGGACCUUGAAAUGUUAACAAAAAAUGUUUCCAAUAAGGAUGUUACUCUUAAAGAGAGGGUGAAUAGCAUUUUGAGAAAGCGGGCAUGGACCAAUGAAUGUCGCUCAAAGGAGGCUGCCAACCAGCAGGUCCCUCCCAAGCUUGUUCUCCAUCCGCCCAAAGUGGUCAAAAGCUUUGUGGAACGGAUGAACGAGUCUAUCCUGCACAAAGACAGCAUAGUGAAGGGCAGCCUUACCCUGGACAUCCAUGAAGAGGAGCAUCCUCUGAAACUCAAAGUGGAGGCUUUAUUGGAGCAGCGACGUAAUCCCACGGUGUAUAAGGAGGACAAAGCAGCCAAGGGCUUCCAGUACUUCCUCGAUGUCCUCAACAAAGGGGUGGACAUCGACAGGCUCUCAAAGAUUGUCAACAAUUUCAAGGAUUUACCCUCUAUGGGAGAGGAGCUACCACAAGGUCAGCCGCCUCCACUUGAUGGCCAGCCCGAGACCAACUCUAAGAGUGAGAGGAAGGUGCCCUCUCGCAAAAGGCGCUCCCGGUUUGAUGAGUUCCCGCUAGGUUGUUUCAAUAUACUCGGGGUUCAGCCCAAUCCGUUUGGGGAUCUGUUGCGUGAAGUGGUCCCAGCAGGUAGCGUUCUGCCACAGCACUGCAGUCUCUUACAAAGUGGAGGAGGAGAGAUUGGGCAACAUAGCCUUAGCUUGGGCUUCAUCCAGGCUAUGAAUAGCCCAAAAAACAAAAAGCCCAAGUCUACACAGGUGGAGGAGAAGAGGAAAGGAAGGUAUAAGUCCAAGUCUCCACCUGUUGAGGAGAAGAGGAAAGGGAGGCAUACGUCCAAGUCUCCACCUGUUGAGGAGAAGAGGAAAGGGAGGCAUAAGUCCAAGUCUCCACCUGUUGAGGAGACGAGGAAAGGGAGGCUUAAGUCCAAGUCUCCACCUGUUGAGGAGAAGAGGAAAGGGAGGCUUAAGUCCAAGUCUCCACCUGUUGAGGAGAAGAGGAAAGGGAGGCUUAAGUCCAAGUCUCCACCUGUUGAGGAGAAGAGGAAAGGGAGGCUUAAGUCCAAGUCUCCACCUGUUGAGGAGAAGAGGAAAGGGAGGCUUAAGUCCAAGUCUCCACCUGUUGAGGAGAAUAGGAAAGAGAGGCCUGAGGAUGAGCAGAAAUACGGACAAAUCCAGAGCCUGCUGCAGACUAUUGGGCUGGAUCUGGGGGUGGAGGAGUUGGGCCGACUGAACGACAGGAUCCAGGAGAGGCUGUAUGGGAAGAAGAGAGACCUGGAGAAGAAGGUGGGCAAGAAAGAAAGCGUGUGGGGGGUUGAGAAAGAGGAGAGCAAGAAGGACAAAGAGGAGAACAAGAAGGACAAAGAGGAGAACAAGAAGGACAAAGAGGAGAGCAAGAAGGACAAAGAGGAGAGCAAGAAGGACAAAGAGGAGAGCAAGAAGGACAAAGAGGAGAACAAGAAGGGCAAAGAGGAGAGCAAGAAGGGCAAAGAGGAGAGCAAGAAGGGCAAAGAGGAGAGCAAGAAGGACAAAGAGGAGAGCAAGAAGGACAAAGAGGAGAGCAAGAAGGACAAAGAGGAGAGCAAGAAGGACAAAGAGGAGAGCAAGAAGGACAAAGAGGAGAGCAAGAAGGACAAAGAGGAGAGCAAGAAGGACAAAGAGGAGAGCGAGAAGGACAAAGAGGAGAGUGAGAAAGAUAAACAGGAGGAGGAAGAGGAGAGCGAGAAGGAGAAAGAGGAGAGCGAGAAAGGGAAAGAUAAAGAGGAGAAAGCAUGCUCAAGUAAAUGUCACAGUUUUUCCUUGUUAUCAGAUAGCUCCAACUCCAGCCCCCCUUGCCAUCGGUGGACCGCAGAAUACAAACGCUCUAGCACCAGAGACCAGGACACAGAGAGAGACGGGGGCAGAUCUGAGAGAAACAGAGAGAGAUACAAGGGCAGAUCUGAGAGAAACAGAGACAGACGCUCUAGCACCAGAGACCAGGACAGAGAGAGAGACGGGGACAGAUCUGAGAGAGACAGAGACAGACACUCUAGCACCAGAGACCAGGACAGAGAGAGAGACGGCGGCAGAUCUGAGAGAAACAGAGACAGACACUCUAGCACCAGAGACCAGGACAGAGAGAGAGACGGCGGCAGAUCUGAGAGAAACAGAGACAGACGCUCUAGCACCAGAGACCAGGACAGAGAGAGAGACCGGGGCAGAUCUGAGAGAAACAGAGACAGACGCUCUAGCACCAGAGACCAGGACAGAGAGACAGACAGAGACUGGGGCAGAUCUGAGAGAUUCGGGGGCAGAUCUGAGAGAGAGAGAGACAGACGCUCUAGCGCCAGAGACCAGGACAGAGAGAGAGACGGGGGCAGAUCUGAGAGAAACAGAGAGAGAGACAGGCACUCUAGGUCCAGAGAGCUUGAUAGAUAUAGAUGGUGGGAGACAGAAAGGAAAAUACGCUCUAGUACUAGAGACGGGGACAGAGAGUGGGACAGGAGCAGAUCUGAGAGAGACAGAGACAGACUAUCUAGUACCAGAGGCGGAUCAGAGAAAGAUGGUGAUGGAGACAGAUCUGAGAGAGACAAGGACAGAGAGAGAUGGUGGGAGCGAGACAAAGACUGGGAUGGGGACAAGGAAAGCUUCCUGGGGCUUUACCCAUACUCCAACGAUCCUACACACCCUCAUGCAUCUUUGAUGGCAACCGACUCAGUGCAGUACAUGGCAUACCACGGCAGCCGCUAUGCCAGCACCUUCCCUCCAGGGUGUGGCUUUCCCCCUGGUACCAUGUUCCCUGGUACCGUGCCCCCUGGUACAGUGCCCCUGGCCCACUGUACCAGUGCCCCUGGUACAGUGCCCCCAUGCCCACUGGUACAGUGCCCCCCCUAUCCACUGUACCCCAACUGCCCACCUCAUUACUAUAAUGGCACUUCAGAAACGUUUUUCCAGCCAUACACACAGGCCACUGGAAACCCCCAGUUCACAAACAUGGAUGUACAAGUGCAGGACCCAGAUGCAUCCUUGAGCAUCCCUAAACAGGACAUAGAGACUGUGUGGCCCAGAUUUGUCCAUCCCAGCAUGAACCAAGACUCAAACACUGCUAGACUAAACCGGUUGAGUAUAAAAAUGCAACUAAAGAGGCAACGCUAUAGGAUUAAUUUGAUUAAUCGCAGAAAUAUACAGGAAUUGAGACAGCUUAAAGAAACUCAUCUGGUGGCUGCCAAGGUGCCCCCCUCUGAGCCAGGUACAAAGAAAGUGCCAGAAAUAAAUGCGGUCCCUCCUGUGGCUACAAAGUAUUCUGGGGCACCCAAUAGAACAGGAUUCCCAAAUAGAAAAUGGAGAAAGGGGAAAAUAUUGGAAGAAAAAGAAAGUAUAUUCAACCAAGGUUUAUCCAUGAGAAACAGAGCCUAUAUGACAAGGUGGAAACUGCGUUUUGCGGAAGCGGUUGCAAAAAGCCUUGAGGUCCCCUCUGAACCAGAGCCCAAGACGGAGCCAGAAGCGGAGGACAAAUCAUCGACAGAAUGGCAGAGACUGUUUGCAGACUCUGUGGAGAAUGUGGCCGCAACGGACCUAUUUGCCCUCUCUGAACCAGAGGCUGAGAAAAAGCCUGACUGGGAGACCGAGCAGAAAAGGACAGACGAAGAGAUGAAGGCCAGAUUAAAGAAAAAGCUUGGCGAGUUCAACCUGAAGAUGAAGCAGAAAUCAACGCUUUUAAAAGAAGCCCCAACAGAAGCCCCAACAUAAUCUGAAAGGGCGGCUGUUGUAGUGCGUCAUGAGCUCACCUCCCCUUCGAACCUGCUGCUGACCCAUCCAGACCCUGUGGACAUCCGUUGGCUAACAUUCUCUUUAUCUAAUAUACACUCACUGGCCAGUUUAUUAGGUACAUACCGGGUCGGAUCCUCCUUUUCCUCCAGAACAGCCUGAAUUGUUCGGGGCAUUCUACACGUUGUCUGAAACGUUCCACAGGGAUGCUGGUUCACGCUGGCGCGAUGGCAUCACGCAGUUGCUGCAGAUUGGACGGCAAUACAUUCAUGCUGCGAACAGCCCAUUCCAUCUCAUCCCAAAAAGGCUGUACUGGGUUGAGGUCUGAGAACUGCGCAGGCCACUUAAGUAAACUGAACUUGCUGUCAUGCUCCAGGCAAUGUUGUUCCACUCCUCGAUUGUCCAGUGCUGAUGAUCACAUGCCCACUGGAGCUGCUGCUUCUUGUUUUUAGCUGAUAGGAGUGGAACCCGGUGUGGUCGUCUGCUGCAAUAGCCCAUCCGUGACAAGGAUCGACGAGUUGUGCGUUCUGAGAUGCUGUUCGGCACACCGCUGCUGUACUGUGCCACUAUUUGUCUGUUUGUGGCCCGCCUGUUAGCUUGCACGAUUCUUGCCGUUCUCUUUUGACCUCUCAUCAACGAGUUGUUUUCGCCAACAGGACUGCCGCAGAAUGGAUGUUUUUUUUGUUUGUCGCACCAUUCUCGGUCAACUCUAGACACUGUUGUGCCUGAAAAGCCCAGGAAGGUGGCCGUUUCUGAUACAGGAGUGUCUGGCACCGACGAUCAUAACAUGCUUAAAGUCGCUUAGGUCAGUUGUUUUGUCCACUAACGUUCAAUGGAACAGUAACUGAAUGCCUCAUUUGCUGUCUCCCUGCUUUAUAUAGAGAGUCACGGCCACGUGACUCACUGUCUGUGAGAGCAGUCCAUUUUCGUAAAUGGAGUGGUGUACCAAAUAAACUGGCCGAUGAGUGAGUUGUUUUUGGGAGUGUCUGUACUUUAAUUUACUAUUUUUUAUUUUUGACAACUUUUACUUUUACUUUGCUACAUUCGUAAAGAAAAUAAUGUACUUUUUACUCAAUACAAUUUCCCUGACACCAAAAAGUACUCAUUACAUUUUGAAUACCUAGCAGGACAGUAAAAUGGUCCAAUUCAUACACUUAUCAAGAGAACAUCCCUGGUCAUCUCUACUGCCUCUGAUCUGGCGGCCUGAUUAUUGGAGUGUGUCCCUGGCUAUCCGUAAAUUAAGAAAACACAUUGUGCCGUCUGGUUUGCUUAAUAUAAGGAAUUUGAAAUUAUUUUUGCUUUUCAUACUUAAUUAUAUUUUAGCAAUUACAUUUACUUUUGAUACUUAGGUAUAUUUAAAACCAAAUACUUUUUACUUAAGUAGUAUUUUACUGGGUGACUUUUAUUUGAGUAAUUUUCUAAAAAGAUAUCUUUACUUUUGCUCAAGUAUGACGAUUGGGUAGAUUUUCCACCACUGAUUGCAUUCUACCACCUGGAAUGUCAUUGCAUUCUACCACCAGAAUAUUUCUAGAUUUGUACACUGAACAAAAAUAUAAACACAACAUGUGAAGUGCUGAAGAAAAAUAAAUCCAGGAAAUGUUCCAUAUGCACACAUUUGUUUACAUCUUUGUUAGUGAGCUUUUCUCCUUUGCCAAGAUAAUCCAUCCACCUGACAGUUGUGUCAUAAAGGAGCUGAUUAAACAGCAUGAUCGUUACACAGGUGCACCUUGUGCAUGGGACAAUAAAAGGCCACUUUAAAAUGUACAGUUUUGUCAAUACAACAAUACAAUGCCACAGAUGUCUCAAGUUUUGAGGGAGCAUGCAUUUGGCAUGCUGACUGCAGGAAUGUCCACCAGAGCUCUUGCCAGAUAAUUUAAUGUUCAUUUAUCUACCAUAAGCUACCUCCGUCAUUUUAGAGAAAUUGUCAGUACGUACAACCGGCCUCACAACCGCAGACCACGUGGGGGGUGCUGUGGAGAAUUUCUGUCUGUAGUAAAGCCCUUUUGUGGGGAAAGAAUAUUCUGAUUGGCUGAGCCUGGUGGUGGGUGGCCCUGGCUGCCAAGUGGGUGGGCCUAUGCCGUCCAAGGCCCAACCAUGGCUACACCUCUCUGCCCAGUCAUGUGAAAUCCAUAAAUUAGGGCCUAAUGAAUUUAUUUCAAUUUACUAAUUUCCUUAUAUGAACGCUAACUCAGUAAAAACUCAGAAAUUGUUGCAUGUUGAUAUUAUAUCUUUGUUCAGUAUAAUCAUACCACCAUAGGUUUGUCUUCUGGACAUAUCCUCUGAGGAUUCAUAUAGAAUUUUUUUUUUCAGUGUACUGUAUGUUCAGAUUGCUUUUAUGUCAUUAUGGCAUGGGCAGUACCAGGAGGUUGUUUUAGUUAUAAAAGCCAGAAGUCUAACUAUUUUCAAUCCCAAGCUUCUAUUUCUAUAGAUCCUGUCCUGUUUCACUUUGUAUAUAUUUAAUUGAAUAAACUGCUUUCUUUGUAUCUUA